CGGACAUUUCCAUGAAAGCGCCUUUCAGAGUUACUUGUCUUUUUGCCCUCCUUACCACUCGCGCCUCUCCUUCUCUCUUGAACCACAUCCCUCAAGAUAAUGCUCUUAUGGGUCAUCAGAGAAAUUUUGGUUCUCCUUUCGCUCCCCUCAAAGUGGAAUGAUCCCUACUUGCGUUUCAUUUUCAAAAACCUGUUUUUUAUGGCCUGAAACUCAUUUCUGUUCUUCAUCUCUGCUCUCUGUGGUAUAUAUUUGAUUAUUUUCUUCUUCUUUCUAUUGGGUGAGUUGAAAAGUUCUGAACUUGCUCACCCAAUCCUCAUCUGUGGAAUUUCUCAACUUCCAAAAUCCUUUUUUUCUUUUUUGUUAUUCCAUUUUCUCUCUAGAAGUUAACGCCUUCCCUCUGCUUUUCCCUUAUUUUGGUUCUGCAUUUUUACCAUUUCUGAAAUUUCUUUGCUUUUGCAUCCUUCUUCUAACUCGAAAAGUUUUUUAUCACUGUUACUGAAAUAUCUUCUGCAGUAGAAUUCCUGCCACUUUUCAAAACCCUUUUUUUUAUUUACUUUUGAUUGGGUCUUUUACUCAGCUCCUUCUAAUCCAUUCUUCUACUUUCAAUCCGACUCCUUUACUGUCUCUUAACCCUUAUUUUGGUAAAUGUCUCCUUCCUAUCUUCCUCUCCAUUGGGAGAGCACCGGGGACAAAUGGUGGUAUGCUUCACCCAUAGACAUAGCGGCAGCCAACGGCUACUAUGAUCUUGUUCGCGAGCUCCUCCAUCUUGACAUGAAUCUCCUAAUCAAGCUCACCUCCCUUCGCCGGAUCCGACGGCUUGAAUCUUUGUGGGAUGAAGCCAACCACUCUAUUCAUGCUGCCAAAUGCCAGUCCAUAGUUGCUCACAACCUCCUACUUGAAUGUCAAACCACAAACAAUAAGAACACCCUUAUUCGAGCAGGCUACGGCGGGUGGCUUCUAUACACUGCAGCGGCGGCCGGCGAUAAUGGAUUCGUCCACGAGCUACUUGAGAGAGACCCACUCUUAGUAUUUGGAGAAGGUGAGUAUGGUGUUACUGAUAUACUCUACGCGGCUGCAAAGAGCAAGAACGUUGAGGUGUUCAAGACCAUAUUUGAGAGUGCAGUAUCACCUAAGUGUUUGGUUGGAGAUGGGGGAAGGAGGGAGGAAGAUUUAGACAGUGGGAGGGAUGAUAUUUCAUUUUUUAGGUGGGAGAUGGUUAACAGGGCUGUUUUUGCUGCUGCAAGGGGAGGGAACUUGGAAGUAUUGAAGGAGUUUCUUAUGGACAGUUUGGAUGUUUUGGCUUAUAGAGAUAACCAGGGAGCUACCAUCUUGCAUGCUUCAGCUGGCAGAGGCCAAAUUGAGGUAGUUAAAGAUCUACUGGAAACAUUGAACAUCGUCGAAACCAGAGACAAUCGAGGCAACACGGCACUGCAUAUUGCAGCAUUUAGAGGGCAUCUACCAGUCAUCGAGGCUUUGAUCUCCGCAUCACCAUCAUCGUCUCAAUUGAAAAACAACUAUGGCGAUACUUUCCUUCACAUGGUGGUGGCAGGUUUUCAAAUGCAUGGAUUUCGUCUCGUUGACAAGCAGAUGGAGCUGGUGCGACGAUUAAUGUCUAUCAACAUCAUAAACAUUCAAAAGGUCAUCAACAUACAGAACAACAAUGGAAGGACAGCUCUCCAUGUUGCCGUGAUUGGCGACGCUUUGCACUCUGAUCUAGUUGAGCUUCUUAUGACCAUUCCCUCUAUCGACAUUAAUGUUCAGGAUAUCGACGGCAUGACUCCGCUUGACCUGCUCAGCCGACGGGCUUGCUCUGCCACGUCAAAUUUACUGAUUAGAAAAUUUGUGUCUUUUGGAGGGAUAUCGAAUUUGAAGAACCCCAGGAUUAAAUCUGUGAUGACUUCACAGUCGAAAAUGGAAUCUGGCAUUGGAUGCAGCCCAGGAACCUCCUUCAGGAUCACAGAUUCAGAGAUUAUCUUAUACAGUGAAAUUGAAGCAGCUGAGGCCAGUGGGAGGCUAAGCUCAUGCUCCAGUGUCAGCUGGAGUGAGAAUGAGGGCAAUUCAAACAAGAAGAAGCCUUUAAGUUCUCUUGAUACUGCAGCAAGAAAACUCAGGACUCUUCUUACAUUGUCGCGACAUAAAAAGAAGUUUGUCGAUGACUGUGAUUCGAUUAAUUCUGUAACAAAAUGGAGUGAACGAGAGGAGAUUCCGACGCCCCUCCGGCAAACUUACACAAAUGGAGCAUCUUACCUCAUGAACAAUAAGCGGACGGUUGCAGUGAGGACAUCCACGCCUAGCCCAGCUACAAAGAAGUUUGCUAUGAGUUUAAUGAAGGGAGUCUUCCAGGAAAGACCACAGUCAGCUCCUUGUUCACAACCUCAAACUCCGGUCAGCCCAUUCUCUUGCUCGCGGGUCUCAUCGCCAUUGUCAGAGAAGCAGAAGGUUGUUUAUGUUGACAAUGAGAAUGUCAAAAAAAGUGCAGUCAAACACGUCGGUUAUGGUCACAUUGUGAGGAGUUCAUCAAAGUUAUCUGGUUUAGUGAAUUCAAAGCUUACGAACAAAUUCUUUUGUGUUGAGGCAAAUGGUUUGGAAGUGCAGAGCUUAUCAACCAGGAGCCAUAGCUGCUGUGUUCCUCCAGUGGGUAGAUGAAGCAAUCGAA